UUUUGUUUCUUUGUCAGAUCUCGUCAGAUCCUACCUUUCUAUUUAUGUUACAAGUUCUGUCCUUGUCUUCUUCAAUUUCUGACAUAUAUAUCAUAUGGGUUUUCCUUCAAUUGCAUAAUGGAUCUGCUUUUCUUUUCUUUUCUUUACUCUACACCUUUUUUUUGUUCUCUCUUGAUUUCCUAUUUUGAGUUCAUGGUUAGCCUUAAUUUUAAUCAUUACCAAAUGGGUAAAUUUCAAAAUAAUUUUUUUUUCUCGAAUCAAUUCUGAUUUGGUUUGCUAGUUUUAGAAAAAUUGCUGUUAUAAAAGUUGCAUGUGUUGUAGUUGUACAUUGUUUGCUCUGUUUCAGAAAAAAAAUGGAAGGAAGGAAUCAUUUCAUGCAAUACCAUUACUUUGAUGGAUGGGAAUUCAAUGGCGCUUUUGCUUUUUUGUUUGUUGCAUGUUAUUUUUUGGAGGUCAUACUCAUAGCGGAAUGGAUGAUUCAGAAGAAAAGUAUCUGAUUGGCAAGCUGUGAUAAUUGAAUCAUGGAAACUUUUCUUAUGUUAGAAGAAAUGAUUAAAAUACCUGACAUAUUGCAUUCUCUUUUAUUUACUUUUUGCUCCUUUUUCUUUUUUUUUUCUUCCAUGGGCUUCUUUAUUAGGUUGUGUUUUUGCCUUUUUUGACUUAUUUAGUGCGUGAAAGUGAGAGAGAGGGGCCUCAUAAUUCAUAAGAAGUGAGGACGGCUGAGAGUUUGGUCGGUUUGGGAUUGAAAAUCAUGUGAAAAAAUGUAAAGGCCAGGUGACAUGGAAAGUAGUAGUACAUGUCGGUAGCAACUACCAGAUCAGAUCUCAUGUUUUACAGCUUGGGCUAACCAAAGUCAUUUAUUAAUUUAUCACUACUCACAUUUGGAUCUGCAUUACUUUCUCUCUCACAUGCGUGCACGCAUGUAAUUGAGUUACAAUUUUGGACCUAAAAAAAACUGGAUCUAUCCUUGAAAUAUUUGAGUUUUGUUGAAGCUUUUCAUCGAUCUGAUAGUUAACAAUAUCAGGGAUCAUGAAACAUAAAGAUGGGAAACCAGGUCCCCACGGGGAUAGAGGUUCAAGGGCUGUCCCCAUUUCAAUCAUGUUUGUUGUGCUGUGCGGAUUUUCAUUUUAUCUUGGUGGAAUCUUUUGUUCUGAGAGGAACAGGUUUGAAACCAAGAUUGUUGCAAACGAUGUCCAAUCUCCCAAGGAAUCUUCAGUCACUCCUCUCCAAAUUAAACCCAUUAAGUUUGCUGAAUGCAGCAGUGACUAUCAAGACUACACUCCAUGCACAGAUCCAAGGAGAUGGAAGAAGUAUGGUUUACAUCGGCUAACUCUCAUGGAACGCCACUGUCCUCCUAUAUCUGAAAGGAAGGAAUGCUUGGUUCCACCCCCUAAUGGGUACAAAGUGCCAAUCAAAUGGCCACAGAGCAGGAAUGAGUGUUGGUACAGAAAUGUACCAUACAAUUGGAUCAACCAGCAGAAAUCUAAUCAGAAUUGGCUGAGGAAAGAAGGGGACAAGUUCCUCUUUCCUGGUGGGGGUACUAUGUUCCCUAAAGGGGUUGGUGCAUAUGUUGAUCUGAUGCAAGAUCUGAUCCCAGAAAUGACAGAUGGAACCGUUCGAACUGCCAUUGACACUGGGUGCGGGGUUGCAAGCUGGGGUGGUGAUUUGUUGGAUCGUGGAAUUCUUACGGUUUCUCUUGCCCCAAGAGAUAAUCAUGAAGCUCAAGUCCAAUUUGCAUUGGAACGUGGAAUUCCAGCAAUCCUUGGAAUCAUUUCUACACAACGCCUUCCUUUUCCCUCAAACUCAUUCGAUAUGGCACAUUGCUCCAGAUGCCUUAUCCCAUGGACAGAAUUUGGUGGAAUUUACCUUCUAGAAAUACACCGCAUACUUCGUCCUGGAGGCUUCUGGAUUUUGUCUGGCCCUCCUGUAAACUAUGAAAACCGCUGGCGAGGAUGGAACACAACUGUGGAAGAGCAGAAAUCGGAUUAUGAAAAGUUGCAGGAUCUGCUAGCUUCUAUGUGCUUCAAACUGUACAACAAAAAGGAUGACAUUGCUGUUUGGCAGAAAUCUUCUGACAAUAGUUGUUAUGAUCAGCUGGCAAAUCCAGAUGCCUAUCCCCCAAAAUGUGAUGAUAGCCUCGAACCAGAUUCAGCAUGGUACACUCCACUUCGCCCUUGUGUCGUUGUUCCAAGCCCAAAGCUUGAGAAAUCUACUUUGACAUCCAUCGCUAAAUGGCCUAAGCGGUUGCAUAUUACACCUGAAAGGAUUUCAGAUGUUUAUGGUGGGAAUGCUAAUACUUUCAAGCAUGAUGACAGUAAGUGGAAGGUGCGAAUUAAGCACUACAAAAAGUUGCUCCCUGCCAUUGGGUCUGAUAAGAUAAGAAACGUAAUGGACAUGAAUACUGCUUAUGGAGGUUUUGCUGCGGCUGCAGUUGAUGAUCCCCUGUGGGUCAUGAAUGUAGUCUCAUCCUAUGCUCUUAACACACUUGCUGUGGUUUUUGAUCGGGGUCUCAUUGGAACUUACCAUGAUUGGUGUGAAGCUUUCUCAACAUAUCCUCGAACAUAUGAUCUCCUUCACCUUGAUGGCCUCUUUACUGCAGAAAGCCACAGAUGUGACAUGAAAUACAUGCUCUUGGAGAUGGACCGGAUCCUUCGGCCUAAUGGGUAUGCAAUAAUUCGGGAAUCCAGCUAUUUUGUGGAUGCUGUUGCUUCCGUUGCUAAGGCAAUGAGAUGGGGUUGUCGUAAAGAAGACACUGAGUAUGGUAUUGAGAAGGAGAAGAUAUUGAUUUGCCAAAAGAAACUCUGGUACUCCUCUAACAAGCCUAGCUCUAGCUCAAGAUGAACAUAGAAACCCAAGCCAUGAUGAGAAUCUCUUGGAGGGUUGAGUACAAAUAUAAUUCCGGUAAUAGAAUCAAAGAGAAGAAAAUUCAAUACGGCUCACAGAGAGAUUAGUUCGGCCUAUAAAAGGCCAAAGUUAUUUAAAUUCAUAUUUUCAACUGAAAAUUAGUUACCCAAUAAUAUGAUUUUUGUUAAUUUAUAGGGCCUUUCGUAUCAUAUAGAUAUAGAUGUAUUAAUUCUUUAUAAUCAAUAUGUUUCUGGUGUUUUGGUUGAUGAUAAAAAAUUAUCAUCGGGAGCUGACGCCAUAGGUUGAAAUUUAAAAAAAAAAAAAAAAAAUUCUGGUGAUAUUCCCAUUAUUAUUAUUAUUAUUUUAUUUUCCUUAUUUUGCACAAUGUUGUCUUUGUAUGUUAAACUGUGUAAAGCAAUCAAAAAUGUAUCGAGGGAUUGGAAAUUCACACCCUCAUAGCUUGUCAU